CACCUCUCGUCUUGUACUCGCUCCUCCAGCAAACGUCUAUCAACACCACACUCUUUUCACGCCUGGUCGCUGGCCACUUUCUGAAGGAUCUCCUGACAUCGCGAUCCCUCUGUGGCACGUCCCGACUUCUGUACAGCGGCGAGUGGCCAGUGCCUCCCCACCAAAUCACCUGUGUAAUUGGUGUAUGCGCGGGCAUCCUUAUUUGCACCUCACGUCUCCGCGAAGGUCUACUAUGCGCGUUUUCCCAUCUGGAAUUCCAGAUAACCCUGGGCAAUCAACCUAAGACUGCUACGGGAUGAGUACUUUCAAACAGGAGAACGGCGGCGCGUCCGUGGGUCGCGAGGCGGCCAGCGCGCAGGCGGCCAGCUCUGAUGCCGCAAGGUCCGCUCGAAAGAGGACAAAGACGGGUUGUCUCACGUGUCGAAAACGCAGAAUCAAGUGCGACGAAGGAAAACCUGUAUGCAAGAAUUGCAUGAAAUCUAAACGGCAGUGUGAGGGUUACAACCAACGGGUUGUCUUCAAGCCUGCUGAUUUCCAAUACUUACCUCAUGGCGGAGCGACCAUAACUUUUGACGCUGGACUCACGGGAAUUCCUAAUGAGCAUGGCCACCAUGGAGCAUAUCCUCCACACUCUGGCUCGCAGCCGCGCUCGCUGUCUGUCGCUUCCCAGAUGUCACAGCAGUAUGGAGCCGCUGGAGAUAUGUUGGAUCAGCAACAAUCUCCAUCAAUAACUCAGCAUCAUGGUUUUGACCCAAUGGUACAUGGCAUGCCACAACAACCAACCCGAUUCGAACGGUCACCCGAACUUGCUGGAGCACCAUUUCUUGACAGGAGCUCGUCAUUUUCUCAGGGCGUUCCAGUGGAUAGUGGUCCACCAAACCCAACACUGUACCAAUCUAUCCCGGAGGCUUCACCUUACAUGGAACAAUACUCCACUACGGGCUGGCAGCAAGAUGGACAGGGCCAUUUCACACCAGUUCUUUGGUCUAAUGCAUAUGUCACAGAUGAUCAGCAGCCAAUAGGUGUUCCGCAUCAAUGGCACGGGGAAGGUUUCAUCAGUCCCAACAUACCAGAAGCAACGCCAACCCCACCAGGUGGUCUACCCUAUGGAUAUGGUGGAAAUCCAGAACGAUCACAGCCUGUGAAUCAUCAAUCACAACCUCAGAAUAUACCGACAAUGACUAAUAAUGCUCCUCUGCAAACACAGCUGGGACGCAGUGGUGUUCUGGAUGAGGCAGCCAUCGAAGUCCACGACGAGGAUUACUACGAUGUGGACACAGAGGAUGAAAUGUAUGAUAUGGACACCGAUUUCGACGCUCAGAACAUCCACGGAUCGAAAGGACGCAAUUACGGUCAAUAUGGACUCAGUGGGGCCAGGAUGGAUUCUCGACAUUUCGACACCUUUGUUUUCAGCGGCGCCAUGGAUAGCUACCGGCCUGAGCAUGUUGCUAACCCGUUGAAGAACCCAGCCACGGCGAGAGUAUUUGCCCACUUCCUCCAGGAAACUGCUGCAGUCUUGACUACCUCAGCAAGGCAAAUCUGGCGACUAAACUCCUCCGCUAACAGCAAGAGUAUGCCUAUGGUACGGAAGUGCAUCUGGACGCAUACUUUGCCUAUGGCAGCACUGCACCACCAGGGCCUUUUACAGUCAAUGCUCGCAAUUUCGAGUCUACAAAUAGCUAAAAUCCAGGGUGCUUCUGAGACACCCUCGCUCAAGCACUACGCAUAUGCGCUAAAGAGAAUUCACAAUUGCGUUGGCAAUCCGAAGAAACGAUUAUCAGUGCCCGUCUUUGCGGCGUCGUUAUUGCUUGGCUACUACGAAUGCAUGGCAGCAAAUCACGCGAAUUGGCAAAGUCAUUUGAAUGGUGCUCGACAACUGGUGGUGGAAAUGGACUUUGCCGGAAUGACCAAGACUUUCAAGCAGUUGAAGUCUGAUAAAGCGAGACAAGAUCAGCAGAUGCCACGAUUUUCAGCCACGGGUAUCCCACAGAUCUCGCCAGAUCAAUCACCACAGGACAUACUACUGGAUCAGAUGUACGAGGCUGACGAAAACAUCGUUGGUGGAAUAUGCGGUACUGCAGUCAGCUAUGACAGAUAUGGCCACAUAGGCGAAGCAAUGCCUUCUCCACAGCCGUUCAAUCUGGAGACGUACGACACUUUGAAGGACUUGUAUUGGUGGUAUUGCAAGCAAGAUGCUUAUCACAGCUUGAUCAGCACUGACCCUCUCAUGAUGGACUACAGUCGAUAUACCGACUGUCCACCUCGAGCACCGCUGGGCAAGGCCGAUGCUCCUUACGGCUCAUUUGACCACGUAGUGCUGCUACUCGCACGCAUCGCAGAUUUUGCUGUCAAGGACAGGAAGAGAAAGCUGAAGGUGGAGAAAUCAAGUAUGGGUUCACCGCUCGACAGCGGAAGACGCACGUCCAGUGCAUCGAACAACGCAUCAGCCACACCACCACCAAACAUGUUCAAAUCAAGAGGAGCCUCUCAUUCGCCAGCAAGCACAGCCUCACACGCCUAUGACAGCAUCGAUCUCAACAUCGCAACCGCAAACGCCGUCCAAGAAUGGAACAGUAUAAAAGCCGCCCUAGACUUCGUAGCCGCAAGUCUAGGCCCCUACUUCCAACCCCUAGAUGCCGAAUAUCAACCUCCCCUCCCCACACCCUUCGGCCCCGCCCUCCUCUACCGCUCCUGGGACAUCAGCGUAUUCUGGACAUGCUACAACAUGGCCAUGAUAGCCGCCCUCCGUAACCACCCACACAUGCCCCCAGCCGCCCAUGUCGCGGCAGCCGCAGCAGCAGAGUCCACAAAACCGUACGCCUACUCCAUCGGCCGCAUAGCCGCUGGCAUCCAACCACCUCCCGAAGACCGUGCGCUCGACCCCAAAAUGGGCGCCGCGAUGAUCGAUAUGAUCAUCCCGCUCUUCUUCGCCGGCAUACAAUACACAGAUGCAUCUCAUCGAGCCUGGCUAGUCGAGCGGCUUUUCGAAACAAACAGACGCAGUGGAUGGGCUACCGCCAGUAUCAUCGCUGAAGGAUGUCAGAGCGGCUGGAUCCGUGCUGCAGAGGCUGGAAGGGGACCUCCUCACGUUCGCGUGCGUAAAGCCACUUUCUCCGAUUUCAGAAUCGGACGAUAUGGCGAUAGUCAGGUGGAAGCCAACCGACAACGAUUAUCUGAAUUGGACGCCGAGAACGACAGGAAAUUCGUAAGGACAAAAGCUAGUGCUAGAGUGCAUUGGGCUAUUGGACUUAUGGGCACCGAGGAAGAUGUUCCUGAAGAAUCGGAUUGAGAGAAACAUCUUGACGACAGCAUCAUUCCUUUUAUGUUCUUUGGAGAUGGACGAUGACAAAAAGAGAAGGAUGUUGGAGAGCUUUUUCAUCUUUGCAUUUUCACAAACUUCAAACUUCAACAGGAUUUUAGCAAGUUGCAUUUUCUUCUUCCUUUUUCUUACGAAGCUUUAAAUACAUUCAUGUGGCUACGUUGCCAGUUUCCCCACUCAAGC